AGAUUCCUUACACCAAGAAAGGGUUUAUUUGCAUCCCGAGGUGUGAAACUCAGGUUGGAAGCACAGUCAGGGGCAGAUGGAACACUCAGCCUGGGGACAGGGUGAGAAGCAACGCCCAUGUGCUGGGAGCCAUGCAGGCCCACUCGCUCCUAUCCUGGCCGAUCCCAUCACUGUGCUCCAUCCCCAGGGCUCUCCAGGCUCUGCUGUGCAGUACUGCAGGGAUGGCACCUGUGAGACCUCAGCUGCCCUGUCCCUGCCCCAGUCCCAUCCCCAUGGGUCAUCCUGACCCAAAAGCGCAUUGUAUCUGGAGAUAAGCAGCCGGCUGGCAGGGAGCCUGUGGUUCUGGGAACGAUCCCUCCUCUUGUUCUCUGCCUGCUCCCCACCAGCUGUGCUGCAGCACCCCUGGCAGCUCCACCGGAGACUUUAAACCCAGUACUGCCUCAGCUGUGAGCAUGCAGCAUCCCCGCAGCACCGUGUGCUUGGGGCUUUGCCUCCUCCUGGGGCUGCUCCUCAGCACAGAGCCGAGCACUGCACUGGGGGAGGAAGAUGCCCACCCCGGCGUCUGCCCCCAGCCCUCAUCUCAGCCUCAGCGCACGCCAUGUCCCAGCGCCUGUGGUGAUGACAGAGGGUGCCCGCAGGACCUGAAGUGCUGCUUCACCACCUGCGGCUUCAUCUGCGUGACACCGCUGGGGAACGGCAGCAGCGACUUCCCUCCUCCUGGAGAAGUGGACUGGAGCCUCAGCCAGGCUGAGAGCACACACCAGGGGGAGCUGCAAAAACCAGGUCUGUGUCCCCGGGACUUCACACGCUGCCUCCAGCAGGAGCCCCCGCUCUGCACCAAUGACUCAACAUGUCCCGGUUGGCUCAAGUGCUGUUCCCACAAGUGCCGCCUCCGCUGCACACCCCCGGCAGAAGACAUCUGCCACCUCCCCGCUGUGCCGGGGCCCUGCGGCGGCCACGAGCUGAGCUUCUUCUACAACGUCACCUCUGGGCAAUGUGAGACCUUCCCGUACAGCGGCUGCGGGGGCAAUGCCAACCGCUUUGGGACAUGGGCAGCGUGCCGCCGGGUGUGCCUGGGACAUGAGAAACCCAAAACUGGAGAGUGUCCCACAAUGCUGCUGGAGCUGGAGGGGCCGUGCCAGCAGGAGUGCAAUGGUGAUGGCGACUGCCCCGAUGAGCUGAAGUGCUGCAACAGCAGCUGCGGCCUGCAGUGCCUGCCUGCAGCACCAGCACGUGAGAGCAGUGGGACGGGGUGGGAUGUGGAUCACAGGCAGGGCUGUGGCCUGGGGACCAGGGGUGCCCACAGUGCCCAUCACAGGCAGAGAAAGGCUGGGAUGGGAGCAGUGCACACAGCAACAAGGACGUGGUGGGGACAAUGAAGACACCCUACAGUGGUCAUCCUGCUCUCACCUCCAACACAAUGACCCCACCAUCCAAGCUCUGCUCUGCAGUGCAGAUACUGCCAGCUCUGCCCCUGCCACAUGGAGACACAGCAAUGGCAGAGCUGCCACCCUGGGAGGAAAGAGGGGCCCCAACAUGGAGGGAUGCAGUGUUGGAUCAGGCAAUGUAACCCUGCUGAUGUGUGCUGGGCUGUGUCCCCAUGGGACCACUGCACUGCAUUCCACACCAUGCCCUGCAGGGAAGGAUGGCUUCUGCCCAGCCAACGCCGGGCUGUUCCCCAGCUAUGACUGCAGAGAAUGGUGCCGGUGUGACGCUGACUGCCCCGGAGAGGAGAAGUGCUGCCUGCAAGGCUGUGACUAUGUGUGCCUGCGUCCAGACCAAGGUUGGAGCCACUGAGCACCUUACCCCCCAGGGCAUCUCUGGUCAUGCCCAGCCACCCCCAGCUGCACAUCUCCUGCCUUCCAGAGAAACCAGGGAUCUGCCCCCUGUCUGAGCAGGCAGAGGAGUCCAGGUGCCAGGAGCUCUGUGCAGGAGAUGGGCAGUGCCCAGGGGACGAGAAGUGCUGCAGCAGCCGAUGUGGCCACGUCUGCAUGGCCCCAGAGCCAGACAAACCUGGGCAGUGCCCAAAGGUGAGGCCACAGCUGACAUCGGAGCCAUGCACGGAGGAUGAUGAUGACUGCCUGCAUGACCGGGACUGCCCCCGGCAGGAGAAGUGCUGCUUUUCUGGCUGUGCCAUGCGCUGCUCCCGCCCAGCCAGAGAGCAUCCCGGGUGGUGCCCCCGGGCAGAGCCGUGCUGGGACCCCUGGCACCGACAUAGGAACCAGUGCCUGGAUGACAGCGUGUGCAGGCGGGAUGAGAAGUGCUGCAACACAGGCUGCACUUGGGCCUGCAUGGCUGUACCUGUUAUGGCCCCGUAUCCACCCAUUCCCUUGUCCAUAGUGCCUUCUCCCCCUUUUACCCAAGUAACAAGCAUGCCCAGACCCAGAUCAGCACCAGGUGAGUGUCCUCUCCUGACACAGAGCGUGAUAUCACCAUUGUGCCACAUCAAAGCAUCGGACUCUGCCUUCAGGGUGAGGGUACCCAAAGGGAUGAGGAGCAGAAGGGACCUCUCACCAGACCUGGCCAUGCCAAACUGCUGCAGUGCCAGCAGCACUUGUGUAUGAGCAUGGCCUCUGCUCCACACUCCCAUCAGUCAGGGCUCCCUAGAAGUACAUUUCCCUUUCAGGUGCUGCAUGAUGGGAGAACAGCAUCUCUAUGUCAGGAAGGUGCCUUCAUCUGGGGACAUGGGGCAGUCAUCGACCUGAGCUGGCCUGUCUCCUUCUCACCAUCACCAGCAAUAAAGAAAGUGAACACCA